CGAAGGCGCCAAAGCAGUUCGCGCGCCAAAUGUGCAAAGUGAACAGCGCUGUGGUGCUAGGUUUUUUCGUGUGGUGCCUUAACUCCUAGAAAGUGCCUCUAUUUACGUUCGUUGGGAAGGACAGGCUUUAUCGCAUCUUGCUAGGGAAAUCGUGUUUGUAACAAGCGCGACACGCUUGAAAGGGAUCUCCCGUCGUUAUCUCGGUUCACGUUGCCGAUCGAGGUCUGUCGGCAUGCCUCCCACUCAGUCCGUUCUUCAGCUUCCCGUGCGCAAGUCAGCACGCUGCGCUGCCAUAGCUAAACAAAGCAGUAAGUCGCCUUGCAUCUCUAAAGGGGGCCUUUUCGACGAGAACAAUACGCGUCAUAACCACAAAGUUAGCAAGAGGUUAUUCCCCGCCGACGAUGCAUCUACUCCCUCGUCCGAUGAUGCCGGGUCGCAACAUUCCCCGAUAUCACAAUCACCGAAGAAAGCCAGGGAGACACCUAGACAAGGAAAUAUAGUUUCCCUCUCUCUGUCCGUGCCCGAUACUUCGUUGUACCAAAAGGCAAAGCAGAAUUUAACGUCGCAGUUAAGCGUCCGACUUGUCGGUCGUCAGAGGGAGAUGGAGUCGAUGAAGGACUUUCUGCACACUCAUUUACGUGCUGGCACCUCCGGCAGCCUCUAUGUUUCUGGUGCACCCGGCACUGGUAAAACUGCUUGUCUGUCGCAAAUACUCGACUCAUCCAAAAAUCUCUUCAAAUUCCAGUAUGUGUCUGUCAACUGCAUGUCGCUACAAAGCACCUCUGCUAUUUAUCAGAAAAUUAUCUCCGGUCUUGACUUGUCACCAGCCUGUAGCAACCACCUCGAGACAAUACGCAGAGGACUCACCACGAAGGGCCAUCCUAUGAUAAUCGUGAUGGAUGAAAUUGACCAACUCAACAGCAAGAACCAGACUGUGCUCUACUCACUUUUCGAGCUUCCACAACUGAAGAAUUCUCGUGCUAUAAUUUUUGGAAUCGCCAAUGCCUUAGAUCUCACGGAUCGUGUGCUGCCCCACUUGCAAGCAUAUGGUUGCAGACCAACACUGCUUCAUUUUGCACCAUAUUCAAAAGAUGAAAUAGUAGCGAUACUCAUGGACCGUCUUAAUGAGUGUCAUGCAGUAAUACAACCUCAAGCCAUUCAGUUCUGUGCACGGAAAAUCGCUGCUUGCACAGGAGAUGUUCGGAAGGCACUGGAUGUAUGCAGGCGAGCUGUUGAAGUUGUAGAACGUUCCACCAAGACUCAACAAGUUCUAGUUACACGACCUGAACAUGGUUAUAAUCCAGGCUCUCCGAAGAAGGCAUCUCUCAAAGUCGUCAACGUGGCCCACAUCUCUUCUGUCCUGGCAGAUGUGUUUGGGUCUUCGGCAAUGGGCAGCAAGGACCUCAAUGCUACAUUGCCCUUGCAGCAAAAGCUUUUGCUAUGCACACUAGUGGCACUGCUCAAAGUCAAGAAAUUGCGAGAUGUGCUUCUUGGAAAGCUUCAAGAAGCUUUCAUGCGCAUCUGCCAGAGACACCAGUGCUCUACUGACCAUUCUGACUUCCAAUCCCUGUGCACCCUGCUGGAGUCAAGGGGCCUGAUUACUGUCAAGAGGCACAAGGAGCUCAGACUAAGCAAGGUGAGCCUCAGGGUGGAUGAGAAAGAAGUUGAGUACGUGCUUCAAGACAAAGCUCUUCUAGCAGCAUGCCUCUAUGACAGUGCCGUUCUAUGAAGACUGUUAGCUGUUAUCAGAACCAUUGUGUGAUUGUUUUACCUGUGUUUACCCUUGCAUGUCUACUGUGCAAACAUUGCACGUGUCUUUGCACGUGUCUUUUUAUUGUAGCACCCUAGUCACAGCUGGAAAAAAUUGUCAUCGAUUGCUGUUGUUUCUCACUCUCAUGUUGGGAUAGUUGUUCUUCAAGUACACAAUCAUUCAUAUUGUAUCCUGUGGACUCAUAUUCACUUGAAAUCGAAACAAUAAAACUUUUCCUACCUAUAGCUGUAUGAAAA